UCGACCUCGAUCUCUCUCUCUCUCUCUCUCUCUCUCUCUCUUCCCUCUGUUAAGCACGUGAUCGCACGUGACACAGAGAGACACGACGCGCGAACGACACGGUUAAAGAGCACAGAGAGUGAGCCGGUUGCCUGAGACCGGGACGGCCGCGUGCAGACCGUUUGAAAGGAAAACUAGUAGAGUGGACACGGAGCCGCCGCGACGCGACACCGCCGAUCGCCGGUGGUACCAAUCAGCCACGGAGCGAUUGAUCGCUGAUCUGAGACUCGUCGAAAUGUCCACAGAGCCGGGCAGCUUCUCCUCCAACGGGAGCAUGAUCGUGGUGAGCAACAGGUUGCCGUUCGUGCUGAAGAGGAACGAGGUGACCGGUCAGCUGGAACGGAAAGCCAGUGCUGGGGGUCUUGUGACUGCGGUAGCACCGGUGGUAAUCAGCGGAAAUGGAGUCUGGGUCGGAUGGCCGGGAAUGCACAUGGAAAAUCCGGAUGAGCCAAUUCCCGAAUCGGAUCCUAACGAUCGAACACCGACAGCUGGCCUCCUAUCACGCAAGGUUGUAGCAGUACACGUCGAGCCACUCGUUUUCGACUCGUACUAUAACGGUUGUUGCAAUGGAACCUUUUGGCCAUUGUUCCAUUCGAUGCCUGAUAGAGCGACUUUCAUCGCCGAACAUUGGCGCGCUUACUCGGUGGUCAAUGAAGAAUUCGCCGCGAAGACGGUCCGGGCACUCGAACAAAUUCAUAAGGAACAGGAGAAUCAGUCGAACGGCACGCCGUUGGUCUGGGUGCACGACUAUCAUUUGAUGUUAGCCGCGAACUGGAUCCGACAGGCGGCCGACGAGAAGAAUCUUAGGUUAAAGUUGGGCUUCUUCCUCCACAUCCCCUUCCCACCAUGGGACAUAUUCAGGCUGUUCCCGUGGGCGGACGAAAUUCUUCAGGGAAUGCUUGGUUGCGACAUGGUCGGUUUUCACAUUCAGGACUACUGUCUGAACUUCGUCGACUGCUGCCAGAGGUGUCUCGGCUGCAGGGUUGAUCGCAAGAAUCUGUUGGUGGAGCACGGUGGAAGAACCGUACGCGUCAGACCUUACACGAAGGGGCUGGUUCACAGGCUGAAAGCUUUCGAGAUGCUUCUGGAGAAGCACCCGGAACACCGUGAACAGGUCACCAUGCUUCAAAUAGCUGUACCGUCGCGAACAGACGUGCGCGAGUACCAGGAUCUGAAGCUGGAGAUGGAUCAACUGAUCGGCCGUAUCAACGGUCGUUUCACGACGCCUAAUUGGUCGCCCAUCCGUUACAUUUACGGCUGCGUGAGUCAGAACGAGCUGGCUGCGUUCUACAGGGACGCCGCCGUCGCUUUGGUCACGCCGCUCAGGGAUGGAAUGAACUUGGUGGCGAAAGAGUUCGUCGCGUGUCAGAUCAACACCCCGCCGGGUGUUCUGAUCGUUUCUCCAUUCGCUGGGGCCGGAGAGAUGAUGCACGAAGCCUUGAUCUGCAAUCCUUAUGAAAUAGACGAGGCAGCUGAGGUCAUACACAGAGCACUAACCAUGCCGGAGGAUGAACGCACGCUUCGAAUGAAUUACUUGCGUCGCCGCGAGAGGAUCUACGACGUCAAUUACUGGAUGAAGUCGUUCCUGCAGGUGAUGGGCUCGCUCGAGGAACACGACUCCGUCGGCGCGACGACGAUGCAGCCCGUGACCAUGGACGAUUUCGACGAUUACUUGAGCAAGUAUAUCGGCGACAACCAUAAGUUGGCUCUGCUGCUGGAUUACGAUGGCACCUUAGCGCCAAUCGCAACCCAUCCGGACCUCGCCAUAUUGCCUCUGGAGACGAAGAACGUCUUGCAAAGGCUGUCUAAUAUGUCUGACGUAUACAUAGCAAUUAUAUCAGGUAGAAAUGUGAACAACGUAAAGUCUAUGGUCGGUAUAGAAGGUAUCACGUACGCCGGCAAUCACGGUCUGGAGAUAUUGCACCCGGACGGCAGCAAGUUCGUUCAUCCGAUGCCGGCUGAACUCGAGGGAAAGGUGGCGAACCUGAUGCAGACCCUGCAAGACCAACUGUGCAGAGACGGGGCCUGGGUGGAAAACAAAGGCGCCUUGCUCACGUUCCAUUAUCGUGAGACACCGAUGGAACGUCGUCCGGAAAUGAUCGAACAGGCGAAGAAAAUCAUCCAGGACGCCGGUUUCAAGGCCUGUUCCGCGCAUUGCGCGAUCGAGGCGAAACCACCGGUCGAGUGGAACAAAGGUCGUGCCUCUAUCUAUAUCUUGCGGACAGCAUUCGGCGUCGAUUGGAGCGAACGCAUCAGGAUCAUCUAUGCCGGUGACGACGUCACGGACGAAGAUGCUAUGAGGGCGUUGAAAGGUAUGGCAGCUACGUUCCGCGUCGCGUCCUCGCAUAUAAUUCGUACCUCGGCGGAGCGACGUCUGCCCAGCACAGACUCUGUGCUGACCAUGCUGAAGUGGGUGGAGAGGCACCUGAGCAGACGCAAGCCACGGAACAGCACCGACAUCCCGUCGAGAUUCCGUCGCAGCAGCGCGGGUAUCACCAUGGAGAUGUCGUAUACACCGUCGAACACCACCCUAGAGUCCUAGGUAGUGGCGUCGCCGUAACCGAUUCACACUACUCACUUCACCGUAUCUCGACUGUGUCCCCACCCCCCAACCACCUCACGAGAGGUGAUACACACGCGCGUCACAGGCUUCUAAUGUACUCGUAGAGUAAGACCAUGUAAGCUGAGAAGAAAAAACGGGGUCGAAAGAGGACGAAGGGGAUCUCUGUUACAGGUGGAUAGGUAAAACGCAUCGCGUAAAUUGUCACGUCCAAAACAUACACACACACACACACACACACACUACGGUGGGGAGAGAUCAUGGCCACCAAUAGCGUCGAGCAUCCACGCGAAUAUCGGGUUCUUCCUCGAUCGAACUGAAUUCGAACGAGAGGCUACUUACUUCCGAGAACCAUUCACCUUCGAGCGUAAACACGAAUCGGUCCAGUUACCUGACCGAAGGAGCACAAAUUGAAUAAGGCGACUGAUCUCGUCGUGGAACCUGUAACCACUUUUUAUCGAGAGUGUUCAGCCUUUAAACGAUGCGUACUUCCGGUAACUAGUUGAAUCACUUUAGCCCCUUUGAAAUUCAUGAAUAAUCUACGAAUGUUCAUUGAUACGAUGUCGAUGAAUUUUUCGUUGAUCUAUGUAUGGUUUCUUCUAUCAAUGUAUUCAAUCUAUGGUACUUUCUUUCGCCAUUCGCGCCGUACACGUAAUUUGUUACAUUUCUCGGUGGGGUUUGGAAACUGUUACCCGCCUCCGUCGCAGAGGGUGUUUAUCGGAAGCUGUAGUACUUAGGUGUAGUUUUAGGUUCGCGUCGCUCAAAGUGAAUAUGUUCGAUAUACGCAUACUUGUAGACACCGUUUCUUAAAUUGUUUGUUUUUUUUUUUUACAAAACCGUACCACUGUUACCAGACUCCGAGACAAUAGAUGGAUUUAUUAUUAAACUGCGAGAAUCGUGGUUCUACGUCGUCGUUAGCGGAUAAGAAUCAGCGGACUGUAUUUUCCUUUUCUUUCGUUUGUAUUCAUUGUAGCGGUUGAUCCGAGUUGAUUUUCUACGAGAGACGAUUCGUUUCCUUCGACUCUUCGGGUAUAAACAUUUGUACACACGGAAACUGUUUUCUUUUUUUCAUUCUCCGUUGGAAAUAUGUACACCUUUUUUUAUAACGUCGAUAGAAGUUAACUUGUUGUUGUAUUUAUAUUACUCAAUGAUAGGCGGAUCGAGAAUAGCGCAGGUGAUAUAUUAUAAUAUUUUAAUAUAUAUAGAGAGAUAUA